GAAAGUAACAGAUGGACUUGUGAGGAUUAGAGAAAUCUGGGUGGUUUCUGAUAGAAACUCACCCAAGACAGAGGAGGGAGUGACGAGGGAGCGUAGAGGGAAGGUGAAGGAAACUGAAUCUCUGCUGGAGGAGAGGUGAAAGAAACAUAAAGAGUCCUCAAACACGGUGGUCGUCCAGUCAAAGACAGCUGAUGAGUGUCAGUUGGCAUUAAUCUCAUCCACCUAACCCUGCAAGAUUAACACAGAUUACCAGACCCAGAGGUAGGCCUGAGAUACCGGACUAAUCACUCCUUUGCGAGCUCAAUCCCACUCGCAGAGGUUGAGGAACAGGUUGAAGAACAGGAUGAGUCCUGAAAGCGUGACUGAUUAGUCGCAAAAUCCGCAGGAUAAGAUUUAGACGUUUAUCUUCAUCCAGGAGGAGAAAAGGUUAUAAAACAGAAAAGGAUCUGAGUCAUAAUGGCAGAGGAAAUGUGGUCUAGGGUUACAGCUUGAUGAGAAGAAAUGUGUGGAAUCAGACAUGUCGCCUGGCUUGUGCCGUAAUAUCAAGAAGAAAAGGGAGGUUUAAACUACUCUGCUGAUUUCUUUGAAACUGGACUAGGAGGAGAGCUGGAGUUCCUCCUGCAACCUCUGGCCCACACAUCUGUCUCUUUCUUACUCGCUCAAAGUGAUUAAAUCCCAGCACUUCAUCUUCCUCCAUUCCCUUGUCCUCUGACCUCCGCUCAUCGACUGCUCUCCUUCCUCAAGCUCCCACCCUCCCUUCAUCUUUCCACCUGACCUCUGACCUUUGUUCCACUUCUCAAACAUCCCUAAUCCCCUCCACCCACUUCUUCUCUCUUUUCUCUUUCAACCGUCCGCAAUGAAUCAAUCACCACAACAACAACCCGCGACACUUUAUCUGGACUUGUUACUGCAGUGUCACGGAAACCCCCUCGCUCCUCUCAUCCUCAUCCUGAUUGGUCAACAGAGCCUGUCAUGCUCUUGCAGCCAGUAUUGAACAGAGAUCAACAUUCAACGUGAAGCUGAAGCACACUCUGUGGUCAUCAUAACUCAUUUCUCCCUGAGUUUCUUCAAGUCCAGAAGCAACAAUGCUGGAGAACAUGUCCAGGCGUAACCGCUCCCUGCUGUCACUUUCCCUCACUUCACUGGCCCUCACCUUGUCCGUCUCAGCUUUCUGCACCUCCUAUUGGUGUGAGGGGACACACAAGGUGGUGAAGCCUCUCUGCCUCUCACCUGUCAAGAUGAAGAACUGCGGGCAGAACAACAGCCAGCCGUAUACCACAGAGACCCCCACCCCGGACCCAAGGCACCCUCCCUCCAAUGUGACGCUGUCUCCGCUGCAGAGGGAGGAGCUGGCCAGGAUAAAGAGGAAGCAGUUGGCCAAUGCAGUCCACUACAUCUGGGAAACAGGCGAGGACAAGUACAUGCUGCGCUAUUUCCACACCGGCUUCUGGCUCUCCUGUGAGAAGCACAAUGAAGGGGUUAAAAUCAAGUGCAGAAACCAGAAUAAAACGGGCUCCAUGCUGGUGGAAAAGGGAUGUAAAUUGUACCACAUAUCUGCUAUUAAGUUACUUAGUAUCACCAACAAGUCCCUGACACUGCUGGAGUACCUGUUGAAGACCGGUGACGACCGUGUGCUUCUGAAAAUGAAAGACAACAUCUACAUUGUCAAAGCCCUCACAGAGUAUCGCUUUGUAGAAAAGGAUGGCAAAGAUCAGGGUGUAAAUGUGAGAGAGAAGGCCAAGGUUGUCCUUGUUCUUAUGGAGGACGACGAGAAACUAAAGGAGGAGAGAGAAUUUGCCUUCAAGACCAGAGAGAAGACAUCAAAAAGUUCAGCUGCCUCAUCUAUGGACGCCAUCAAGGAUCCCAGCUACAAGCCAUGCUACGUUGCCGGGGCCACAGGACUUCCAUCCUUGGACAACAUACCCUCAGUGGCCGAUUUGACUGCUUCCUUUGCUGCCCGCAAAGAAGAGCGUCUUAAACAGGAAGCUGAGAAGAAAGAAGCAGAGAGGAGGGCCAAGAUGUCUGAAGAUGAGCUGAAAUGGGAGGAUGCUGGCAAAGGCAGUGAUGUGAAAGGAGCUUGGGGAGAAGAUAAAGCUGAGGAGGUGAAAGCAGGCCCAUGGGGAGCCCCCGAAGAACCUAAAGAAGCCACAGAUCCAUGGGGUACACCUGCAAAACCUGACACAGCAGACACAGCAGCCAGCAGUGAUGCUUGGGGGGCUCCAACCAAAACUGAUGAAGAUCCAUUUUCAGCGCCAAAAACAGAUGUAGCUAAAGAUGCAUUUGCGGCACCAAAGAAUGGAGAAGAUCCUUUUGCAGCACCAAAAGAUGAAUCCGAUCCAUUUAGUGCAUCAAAAGAUGACCCGUUCAACACACCAAAAGAUAGUUCAGAUCCCUUCAAUGCACCCAAAGACAAAGAAGAUCCAUUUGCUGCUUCAAAAGAAAAACCAGAUCCCUUUAGUUCAUCUGAAAAUGAUCCAUUCAGUGCCCCAAAAGAUGAUCCAUUCAAUGCCCCUAAAGAUGAUCCAUUCAACGCCCCUAAAGAUGAUCCAUUUAACAUCCCUAAAGAUGAUCCAUUCAACGCCCCAAAAGAUGAUCCAUUCAGCACCCCAAAAGAUGAUCCGUUUAGUACACCAAAAGAUGAUCCAUUUAAUGCCCCGAAAGAUGAUCCAUUCAACACCCCAAAAGAUGAUCCUUUCAGUGCUCCAAAAGAUGACCCUUUUAACACACCAAAAGACGAUCCUUUUAAUGCCCCAAAAGAUGACCCUUUUAUCACCCCUAAAGAUGACCCAUUUGGUACUCCGAAAGAUGACCCCUUCACUGCACAAGCAUCAACGCCACCUAAAGAAGAUCCAUUUGCAUCACCAGUAUCCUCCAAAGAUGACCCCUUCACUGCUUCCACUACACCACCUAAAGAGGAUCCUUUCUCUGCACCGACUGCACCUACCCAAGAUGACCCUUUUGCUGCACCACCCAAACCUACAAAAGAGGACCCCUUUGCUGCCCCAACAUCACCACCCAAAGAUGAUCCUUUCUCUGCACCAUCCAAACCUACAAAAGACGACCCUUUUGCUGCACCAACAACACCCCCUAAAGAGGACCCGUUUACAGUGCCAUCCAGUCCACCAAAAGAUGAUGCCUCAGAUCCCUUCAAUGCCCCUCCACUGAGCCCUCCCAAAGGCAGUGCAGAUGCAUGGGGAGCCUCUGCUAGCUCUCCACCCGGCACUGGGUCAGAUCCCUGGGGGACGCCAUCUGCUCCAAAGGAAGCAAAGGGCGGAGAUCCCUGGGGGGACGGGACAAGUGCCUCACCCAUUGAUAAUUCUGAUGGGUUUGGGGAUGCAUCCAAACUGGACAAUGACCCCUGGGGAGCCCCAGCUGCAGCUCCAGUUAACACAGACGAUGCCUGGGGUUCACCUGCUCCGACCUUAGACUCCCCCUCAUCUGGUGACCCCUUUGGAGACAGUGCAUCUAAAAAAAGUGAUCCUUGGGGUGCGCCGAGUGACGCACCUAGCAACGGGACAGGAAAGCGAACAGCGCAGGAAGAGAAGACAUGCAGAAAGACUGCUUCAUUUCUGGGCUCCGCGGGGGCAUCGCUUGUUGACUUGGACAAUCUUUUUUCUUCUAAUCCUCAAUCCAAACAGCGCCCCCUCGUCAACACGCUCGUCGCCCAGACACAAGCCAUCGGCGCUUUCAAAGCCAGAGGCAUGACAUCUGGCCCUGUGAUCAGAUCAGGGGCUGUUGCAGGGCUGUCCUUCCCUGAAACAUCUACCCCAUACUACAGUCCUUUUGGUUCCACCCUCGCUCCCACCUUUGGAGCCGCCAAUCCUUCCAUUGAAACUCCCCUAUUCCAGCUACCAUCCCAUGCCAUUGGAGCAUCUCAUUCUGGCUUAAAUAUGCGUCAGCCAGCUCAUGUGGCUCCUCCGGGUUCAGGAACUGGAAUGGUACAGUCUGUUUCUGUGUGACGGAGUCCACAAAUGGGACUCAGCUUGAACCCCCCGUGUGGAGGAGUGGGCAUGGUGCAGUCUGGAUCUCUGGUGGGGAAUCCUUUGGCAGAUCCUCUCCUUUUGGGAACAGGAAUGGCUCAGUCCAGUUUCUUUGGAGGGAAUCACCAAGCAGCAGCGGCUCAUUUGGGAGGAUCUACUCCACAGGCCGGGAACGGAGUCACCUUUCAACCACAGUUGCUCUCUGGCAGUGGGUUGGGUGAGACCAUGAACAAAAACAACAAUCCAUUCCUGUUCUGACAACCUGACGUGUAAUCUUUCCUGUCAGAUAGACGCAUUAUACUAAAUGACCAAACUGGGUGGUUUUACAUGUUUUAGCCUUCCAAAUGUUUAUGUUGCAACUGUUCUCCAAAAUUUAGCCCAAGGAUUUUAGAUUUCCUGUGUAUCUUUCGGGCAGCCAUUGGUUUCAGUUACCGUCAUAAUGUCAUGAAUUUUCCUUCAUAAUUUUUGUCCACCUUACAAUACUAUCAAAUGGUAUUUCAGUUUUGUAGGCAUAGGUAGUUAAAGUCCAGAUGAAAUGACCUAUGCAGAGUUUCUAGCUUCCCUGUUGUGACAGGGAGGAAAUUUGACUUGAUUAUUGAAACGUGGCCAUGAAGAAGUACAUUAAUGGGAUAGUAAUGGUAGUAUCCAUAAGAGAGAGAGAGAGAGAGAGAGACAAAGCCCAUUGUGUGCUCCAUAUAACAUACUGUAAAUUGCUGAAGCAGUCUGCUGUAAAAUGCCUUGUGCAUCAUCUGGAGCUUUUACAGUACAGACACCACUUUCCUCAUAGUGUAUAAAUUCUAGCCCGCCUUUAACCACAGUAGUUUGGGGAAACGAAGAUACACUGACGUACCAUGUUGUUGCUAGCUAGCUAACUUAAUCCUAGCUCUGUGCAGCUUUAAUUAUUAGCGGCUUGUGAUAUUAUUGGUUGGUACUAGCUUACUUAAACACAUGCCAUAUUUUGUUUUACAGGGGAAAAAAGAUUGGAUUUUGGUAUACAAAUAAAUAGAAAUUGAUUUUUAUUUUUUAUUUUUGGCAUAUAUUGUUAAGUAGGUGGACAGUACCAUCAGGCUGUGAUCUUAAAGGGUUUAAAAAAGCUUUUUUAUAUCAUCUCAAUUAUUUGAGAACUCAUAUUUGAAGACUGAUUAAAAAAAUGGGAAAAAGAUCAUUUGAAAUUGACCAUCUUACAUCAAAAACUUGCUUUUCAGCAGCCAACUUUCAAAGCUCGGAUGUCAGAAUGUGUGUCUUGAAUGCACCAGCAAAGAAGAGUUUUCCAAAACUCUUUAUGGGAAAUGAACUAUUAAUUUGAGAGGAUCCCUGCUCCCAACUUAACCAUCCUGUAAUAAAAGCAUUACUUUGACAAAAAUGAAUGUUUACAUGGGCAAACUGAAAUCAUGGCAGCCUGUAAGGAAGAAAAAAAUAAGCUGUAGUUCCAUUUGCACGACUUGUCAGGCUAAAAUAUGCAAAACCCAUCAGCUCCUCAGCUUACACCUGCCCUCCCCUUGAGAUUUACACAAGUAAUAUGAUAGCCACGGUUUAAAUGUAUGCAGUAUAUUAUCAGAAAUACUAGGUCUGCAUGAUAUGAGGAACAUAUACGAUAAUGUUGUUGAAUAUCACAAUAACAAUAUUACUUGUGAUAAAGAGAUAAAGUGUACUCAGUUCUGCCUUUUGCUGCUUUCAGCAUACAGCUAAAAUGCAGCAAAUUGAUGUUGAUUGAAAAAAAUAAAAUAAAAUCAAGGAAAUUCUUUCUAGGGAUGCACCGAUUGCAAAAUUCUGGGCAGAUAUCGACGUUUAAAAUAACAAUUUGGCCGAUAGCCGAUACCAGUGUUUUUUGUUGUUGUUAUUUAUUUCCACUCUAGUGCCAGGGACAAAAAAAAUCUUCAAUGUAAAAAAAAAACAAAACCUUGAUAUGUUUAAAUGUCAUUUAGCUUUUCAUUACACGAAGUCACUGAAUAAGCACAAUCACACAAGUGUAUAAAACAACCUUUAAUAAAACCUUCUUUCACAUAAAAACAUUUUUAAAAAACUCUUUCAGAAGUUUUGAACUACAUAUAAAACAUCAUAAUCCCUCAUUCAUUCAUUCAUUAUUCUCUAAAAUCUAUUUUUUUAUUUUAUUUUCAUUGAUUUAUUUCAUUUAUUCAAGUCUUUGCCAAAAACCAGAUUUUACAAGAUUGUAUUUGAACAUAUGAAGGUAUAUGAAGGAAUUUACCUUUGCCCAAUCCCAUAUUUUACUGAAUAGAGCUUUAACACAUUACAGUGUAAAUCAAUGCAGUGUAACUGUUAGCUGUCCCGGCCACCGACUGCUUGUUACAAUGUAGCAUUAGGGAUUAGCACUUCCCUGGGCACGUUGAUAGUAAGUUUACUGCGUCCUUUUGUCGCCAGGGCAUCCUGGAAAAGAUCUCUGGUCAUCCCAAACCCAUUUUCCCUUCUCUUCGGGAUGAUGCGACACUGUUAGUCUUGGGUCCUUCUUUUUAGCCUGCGCAAAAUUGCUGCAACACAACAGGAAACAUUGCCCACUGCCAUCGGUAAAUGACAUCUUAUUUCCAGAUAAGCUGAGGACAACCAACAAGGCAAAUAUCAGCAGAUACUGAUGUUCAGCCAAUAAAUCUGUGCAUCCCUAAAUUUCCACAUUCAUUUAUCGAACAAAUUGAACACUAAACCCAAAAGGCACAAGGAAAAAAGUGACAGUUUAAGGUGCAGUUUUCUACUGAUAUCUUUUAACAUAGUCAAAAAUCUUGAUCGCAACAUCACAUUCUUUCAUGAUGUGUUUAUUGUACAAGUUGACAUUAAAAAAAAAUGUGUACGCCCUGAGAAAUACAUGCAAAACGUGGAACUGCGUACUUCUAUUUGAAUCAAAUCUAUUGGAUCGAUCUUCAUGCACAAGUGUGAGAAACAGAGAGCACCUGUACGUGUGAGUGUCUUUGUGGAAAUACUGAAGAACUACCGUUGAUGUGAGUGUUGUAUGGUUUCUGUGACUGGACCUGUAAAACAUUGAUAGAACUGAUCCGGGAACGACGUCAUUGUAGGUUUCCAUUAAGUGUGUAUGUGUUUGUACAAGGCGGAGUGUGUGUGACCUGCAUGCACACAGUGUGUGUGUGGCUGUGUGUGCAGUAUAUAUUGUGCUAAUGUAAAUAGUGGAAGUAAUCACAGAUAAACCUUGAAAUAUGCUGUAUAUCAGAGUGUUACAUUCAUGAGUAACUAUUUAUUGAUCUAUUGAUUGAUUAAUUUAUUGCUUGAUUAUUUAUUGAUGCAGCAAUGGCCUCCUACAAAGUUCAGGUUAACUUUCUUUGCUGCGUCAUUAUCAGACAGGUUGGUCUGACAUGUUGAUUGGCUUCGGUCUGAUACUGCUGUUCAAACACUGUACUAUCAAUCAACUCAGUAACCAAUGGUGGCUUUCUCUUCCCUGUUUGCAUUUGUUCUGGAUUCACUGUGUAGUCAAACACGUCUCCUGGCAUUAAACAUGGAACAGAAAUGUAUUAUUGUAUGACGUUUAGCUGCAGCUUUGGCUAAAUAAAAACCGAAUUACAAACAUAUCAACCUCUUUAAUUUGCAUGCAGUCUGAGCGGAUCCUCCUCUGCCCCUCGUCUAUUUGGUGUGAGAGUGCUUAAUGAAAUAUUUCAACACACACCUGCAUCUCCUCUUCUACAAACAUCUGCUUUCUUGUGGCUGAGGAUACAUUUUGACUUAGAAAACAUGAACAGUAGCAGGAUUAAUCAUCCUUAAACACCUCACAUUUCAGUACAUCGACGCCACCCUGAAAGCAGACAGGACCAGUGACUUCUAAAAGGUCACACAGUUUUAAAUUGUUAGCAUUCUUUGUGUUUCAUGGGCCUGUACGUGUCUUUCAUGUAUUUAUGACUUCUUUAAAUGUGAACUUUGGUGAAAGACUUGACUGAAAGCUUAGAGGAGUUGUAGUAGAGAAAUAUGAGGAUGAGAAACUAGUCCAUAAUAUUAUUUCUCAAAUUUAAUUUUGUAUAAAAUGAAUUUAUUUUGCUGUGUAUUUAAAAAGCUGUGUUGUAAACUGUGACAGUAUACAGUAAAUUUGAGAAAUAAAAUGACACAAUAAGUGA